CAUGUUUUGGUUUUCAGACAGAUUUUGAGCAAGGUUUUAGCUUAGCGUAGCAAAAGAAGGCAGAGCUAAUGGGCUUUGGGUAAUUAUUAGGUACACCAGUACUAUAAUAUAUUAAGUUUUGUUUUAUUUAGUUCUGAAAUUAUAUUAUAUGCAAAUUGCAAACACUUGAGAGCUGAGACCUCAGGAUGUUGCAUGGAUUUUCUGUAACCAGACACGUUUGUUCUUGACUUUAAGGUCAUCCUCUGUCACCUGUGCUUGCUUGUUGAGUACAGCUCUGUCUGUUUCAGCACAAAAGUCUGUGGGUUUUCUUCCCCACCAUCAAAACACCAUGCUCACAAGCCUCACUGCCAGGCAAAGACAAAGCCUAACACGCCCUCAGAUACAAAUACUGAAAUUUCACAGUGUUUCCCAAGCAUCUCUAUGUUACAAAGAGCAGUGUGAAACUGUCCCUAUGGUCUUCCUAAGCAAAAUGAACAUGGAUUUAGAGAUUAUAGAAAGAGUUAAACAUAUCACUAUGAUACUGUACAAAUCAAUGAUACUGGUAGUGAGUCACUAAAAAGGAAGAAACAACCAGGUUCUAGGUUUUGCAUACCAAGAAGUCCCUUCUGUUUCUGUCCUUUAAAAUGCAUCAUCUAAGUGAAGCAAAAAAUCAGGGUGACAAAUAAAACUGAGACAGAAAUGACUCUUCAAUGGUGGUUUGCACUGGAAGGAAAAGAGAGUAAGCAGAGACUCACAAGCAGCAAAACACCACUGGAGCUUGGCUUAUACUUGAGACUCUCAGAUAACUCUGUCAUGCAGACCUUCAAUCUUACCAUCUCAGUACAGCUCGUUGCCAGGUAGCCAGUAGCAAUUAAGAAAACAACUCAUUUUCCAUUAUCAUCCCCACUCUCAUUGCAAAAAAAAAAAAAAAAAAACCCCACAUUAUAUUAUCUUCCUUUAUGACAGCCUAUUAUCAAGGAGUUUUUCUCCACUCCAAGUGCUGAAUAGGGUUUUACACAGCUGCCUGUGAUCCCACAGCAGCUGAUGAGAUGCAGGGCUGAGUUUGUGAACAGGGUGGUUUCAGCCACCCUACCUUUUUUCUACCUGCCCAGCUGUCCCCCAGGCUGCUUCUCCAAGUCUGCCUGAUAACACAGCUGCCUCCUGCUCACCCAGGGGAUGUGCUGGAGCUGCAGGCAAACUCACUCUUGCCCCCAGCAGCUCUCAAGACAGUGCAGACACACACUGCAGUAUUUCACACAGGUUGUUUAGAGCAAUCAGCCUCCUUAGGUGAUAGUUACAGCCUUUUCAUUCAUUUCUUCUCCCUCCUCCCUUCCCUCUUCGCCCCCCUGGAAAGAUCCCGAUACUUUAGAAAGAGCUCAGAAGCCCAGCAGGCACUGUGAUAUGUAACAGCUGUUUUGCAACGGGGACAAAAAAUGAGCAGCUUGUUCUUUCCGGUCUGAGCUGAGCGUCUCAUGUUUCAGCUCCUCCUUCACAUUCCAGGCCUGCCCCGGCUCCUCUCCAAAGAUUUCAAAAAUGGAGCCUUUCUCAACAAGUUAUCCUCUGAAAUACUCAGUGCCCAAAACCAGGGUCUGUGUUGUCUUCCUGUCAAUGGUUUUGUGCACCACCAUUCUCUGCCUGCUGCAACUCAGGUUUUUUAAACCUAAAAGCAAAGAUUUUUAUUCUUUUGAAGUCAAAGAUUCACGAGGAAGGAUCAUUUCCUUGGAGAAAUACAGAGGGAAAGCAACUUUGGUUGUAAACGUGGCCAGUUACUGCCAGUACACAGACAAAAAUUACAUCGCACUGCAAGAGCUGCACAGAGAGUUUGGUCCCUCCCACUUCACUGUGCUGGCGUUUCCCUGCAACCAGUUCGGAGAAUCAGAGCCUGGUUCAAGCCAGGAAAUAGAACAUUUUGCCAAAGGAAACUAUGGAGUAACGUUCCCUGUUUUCCACAAAAUCAAGAUCCUAGGAUCAGAAGCAGAUCCCGCCUUUAAAUUCCUAAUAGAUUCUUCAAAAAAAGAGCCUCGGUGGAAUUUCUGGAAGUACCUUGUCAGCCCCGAGGGUAAAGUUGUGAAAUUCUGGAGACCUGAAGAGCCAAUAGAAAGUAUCAAACCAGAAGUAAGAUCAUUAAUCAGGCAGAUUAUCAUGAAGAAAAGAGAAGACCUAUGAAAAAGCCAUUCAACACCGGGGUAUACAGCCUUUCUACAUUCCUGGGAAAUGUUGGUGUUUGCAAUCUGUCUGUAAAUUCUGGAUUGACUCCUGCAGUGGCCUCAGGAGCGACUGAGGUUACUGACAUGGCAAGGCACUCAGUACCUUGCAGGUAGGGACCAUCAAUUUGCAUAAGGGGUUUAUGAUUUCUUUGUCUGAAUUGCUGACAAUAGCUAAUUAAAAUGGUCACCAGCAGGUAGAUAGUUACAAAGAAGGUUUAUUGAUAAGUUACUCAGUAUUUACACAGGUUUUUUCCCCAUCUAGCAGUAACAAAGAGAUUUUAUAUUCCAUUAACGCAUAAUUGCCCUGUUUUGAAAGACACGGGACCCAGAGACAUCCAUAGCAGUGUUUCUAGACACAAAUGUAACUGAAGAUACCAGCUUUGCAUUAUCUUCUCAAGGAAGACUACUGAAUUGUGAAGCUGCCAGUUUCAAAAAAAUUGUACAUAGAAAACAAAAUUAUUAAAAGAACUGAAAAAAAAUGAAAAAAAAAAGGUUUGCUUGCUUGCUGCACAUUUUGAUCAUUUUACAUUUCAGUUUUACAAUACCUU